AUGGGGCAGAAAUCGCUGAUCUACAGCUUCGUAGCGAGGGGGACGGUGAUCAUCGCGUCCUACGCGGAGUCAUCGGGGAACUUCAUCAGCAUCGCGUCACAGUGCCUCCAGAAGCUUCCGGCCAAGAACAACAAGUUCACCUACAACUGCGGCAACCAGACCUUCAAUUAUCUCGUCGAGGACGGCUACAGUUGAGUCUCGUCACCCAUCUAGUCUACUCAUUCGAUGGAUUCGAAGUGUUCUCCGGGCAACCGCACGGUUUUACCCGAUGCAACUUUGAUAUAUGAUGGCGAGCGUCAGUCGUUCCGUUUAUGGCGCAGGAACAGUCUUUCCACGCGUCGGUUUUGGGUCAAUAAUUAAAGUUGAUUUUUUUCAUUAACUACAUCGUUUCCGUAUUUAUUUUUUUCCCUUCGUUAGAGCAUUAUCCAUUUUAGAUGCGUCAAAGUAGCGUGAAUUAAUAGCUUUUCGUUCUCAUAUGGCAUCUUACUGAGUCAACAGACGCUUUAAUUUUUUUAUUGAUGAAUCUACUUCCUGGUUUUAAAUCCCUAUGGUCAUGUGUGAUAUUUUACGGGUUUUCUCUUUUGUUCAUGAUUUGGUUCAUGGUAUUGACCAUUUCUUUUUCCCAAAUUUUUGCUCAGAGAUAGAAACUUAUUCUUUAUUCUGCUCUAUUUAUAAAUUUUCACCAUCCAUCUCUCUGGUAGCAUCUGCUUUCCCCUCCCUAAAAUGCUUGUUAGAAUUGAUAUAUCUCUAUGAUCUGUCCUUGUUAAAAAAAAAAAAAAGUCCACCAUCCAUUUCUUGCUUUGGUUUUAGAUUGUGUUUCAUAACGAAGGACCUAAACACUGACUGGAUGCUUAAAUUCCUUUAGAAAAAAGAUUAUACUGUCUGGUACUCUGAUCAGCCCGAAGAAGUCGCCUUCCCUUUUAAUUCUUCGAAGUCAGGAGUGCAAUAGUGUGAGGAAGAUUUUUAAUAGCCCAUUAGACAAAUCCAAUUUUUAAAAAUCCAUUUUUUUAUAUGUACUUUAGUGUGAUUAUUAUGCUAUUUAUCUCUUAAUAGCCCAUUAGAUAAAUCUAAUUUUUAAAAAUCGAAACCAUCAAGCUUGGAUCACCCAAUAUAUUUUAGAAACCGUGAGGAUCUCUGUAAAACAAUUCAUAUACUUUGGCUCUAUGAUUAUUUCCUCUCUGUGUUUACUAAAUUUUUUAAACUAUAUGCACGUAUAAAUUGAUAAACCAGCUUAAGAUCUAAGAUUUAUGUGCUGGCCGUUGACAGGUCGUAUUUAAUAACGAUUUUUUUAUAACCAAGAAAAACUGAUAAAGAGUAACAACUAAUACCAUAAAUAUGCAUUCCAUGUGACAUCCGAAGCCUAUUCUGAGUGAUUCGAUGUUGUCAACCAACAUACAUAAAUCUCACCCUUUUGGUUUGAGAUUUCUGCUCAUUACAGUUGUUGCAACCAAGUCAUCAAAAUUGGAUUAUCAGUCACCAGUUUUACGUUAAUAAUGAUUAAGGGUUCUUUUUUGGUAAAAAAAAUACAAUUUUUGUCUAAGCUAUCUGCUUAAAGAAAAAUUAGAUGUUAAUAUUUUCUGAAGAACAUUAUGAAUAACAGAUAAAUAUUGAGUGAGAAGGUUAUCAUUCAUUUUUCCUCCCUCUCUCCUCCGAUACUGCCCAUGUCUUCAUUUCGAAAAUGAAAUUGCAUCAAUGAGGAAAUACCCAAUCUAGUAUUUUUUUCUAAGCUCUCUGGUUGACUUUGGCAGCAUAUUGCGUGGUGGCAAGUGAGUCAGUCGGAACACAACUCCCCAUGGCUUUCUUAGAUAGGGUUAAGGAAGAUUUCAUCAAGAGGUAUGGAGGAGGGAAAGCCACAACUGCUCCGGCCAACAGCCUUGACCGAGAUUUUGGGUACGGUCCCUUCCAUUUAUGGAUAUCUAUCUCUGAACAGCAUGCAUCACAUUAGCGAUUAGAAGCCAACCUUGUCCUCUUUUAUAGGCCCAAGCUGAAGAACCAGAUGCAGUACUGCGUUGACCAUCCUGAAGAGCUCAGCAAGCUUGCAAGAGUCAAAGAUCAGGUUUUGGAGGUCAAAGGGGUUAUGAUGGACAACAUCCAAAAUGUAUACCCCUUUAUCAAUUAUAUUUUUAUGGAAUAAUUUUUAUUCCUUGACUUCUUGAGUUCAUCCCAGAAUUCCUCCCAUUUUGUCGCAGGUUCUUAACCGGGGUCAGAAACUUGAUGUUCUCGUUGACAAGGCAGAGGACCUUCGCUCUCAUGUUAGUUACUCACCUAACUUGAUUGUGUUUUAUUGAAUAAGGGUUGACUUUUAUACAAAAAAAGGAAGGGCAUUAUUGGGCAUAAUAGUUUUUUUUGGUGGCAUCCGGGCUAUUUAUUUUUUUGGUCUAUAAAUUAUUACGGCGAACCCUUAUAAAAACUUAGCUCUGGGUCAAAUUAGUUUAAUACGAAGAUUAUAUAUUAGAUGGUUUAUGAAUUGCGUCUCCUGAUUCCUAUAGUUGAUGUAGAAUCACGUAAUAAAAGAUAAGGCAAUUUUUGCUUGAUCUAGAUUUAUUAUUAUUAUUAUUUUUGUUUUUGGAAAGUCAGACUAUUUAACACAGUGUUACCUGUUAUUUUCCACCCAAUGAUGGUUACAGGCCCAGGAUUUUAAGAAUAAUGGAAUCGAGAUUAAGAAAAAGAUGUGGAUGCAGAACAUGAAGAUCAAGCUCGUCAUCUUGGCCAUCAUUAUUGUGUUAAUCCUCAUCAUCGUGCUCUCCAUUUGUGGCGGCUCCAAAUGUUGA